GUGCCUUGGCAGACCGCUGGCGUUGCCUGACAGAAUGGUUUGCAGAUAAAGGAGUUUUCCCCCCAAUCAAUGAUUAUUCGUGACAAAACACGAAUUUGGUCAACUUCGAGAAUACACAUAUUUCAGACUGCAACAGUGUACCAGAGGAAUCAUCAGAGUGCAGAAGUUCAAGGAGGCGUACCGUCAACACUAGGGUUCAGGAUCUUUAAUCUUCCGUUCUCCAUCAUUUUGUGCAGUGACUGCUACUGAGUGGAGGUGAAUAAGCAUACCGCCCGACCAUGCUCACAUCACGGGGAGAUUCAGAUUGUAGAACACGCAGAAGCCUCGGUGUAGGAAGGGUUGCCUCGUGACUGGCCACCCUCAAGCGAGAGGGAAAGAGAUCGACAAGUCACUGCGACAGACGGGGAACGAUUAGGAAAGACAAAAUCUACCUUUAAAGCCAGCCCAGCGUCACAAACCUCCGUUCCUUUCCCCAAUCCUACCCGAGGCGAGUUACUGUAUGUACGCACCUCUGCCUGGAUUGAAAACCCCGAAGGCAGUGAGUGAGGCACGCCGGCCCCGGGGUCCCCGCGCUUCGUUGAGAGAAUCGCUGAAAUGAGAUGAGGCUCAGAAAUGGAACGGUUGCCACUGCUAUCAUUUUCUUCACGUCGUUUCUCAGCCUGUCUUGGUACACAGCCUGGCAGAAUGGCAAAGAGAAGUUGGUAGCAUACCAGAGGGAGUUCCAUGCCCUGAAAGAGCGCCUCCGUGUGGCCGAGCACCGGACCCUGCAGCGCUCCUCAGAGCUCAACAACAUCCUGGAGCAGUUCAGACGGGCCAUCGCUGAGACCAACGGCAGCAAGGACGCUCUCAUCAACUUCUCAGAUGAGACACAGAAGUUGCUGAAGGAGCUGGCCAGUAGGAAGCCCCUUCAGGUGCCGAACAUCUACCACCAUAUGCCUCACCUGCUCAACAAUGAGGGCAGUCUGCACCCUGCUGUCCAGGUGGGCAUGGGCCGCACUGGAGUCUCCAUGGUGAUGGGUAUUCCUACCGUAAAGCGGAAAGUGAAGUCAUACCUGGCCGAGACUCUGCACUCGCUCAUCGACAAGCUAUCACCUGAGGAGAAACUCGACUGUGUCAUCAUCGUCUUCGUUGGAGAGAUGGACACGGAAUACGUCCAUAGCGUGGUUACUGGACUGGAGAAAGAGUUUUCUACAGAGUUCAGUUCAGGUCUGUUGGAGCUGAUCUCUCCUCCUGCCAGCUACUACCCAGAUCUCAAAGAACUCAAGGAGACUUUUGGAGACUCCAGAGAGCGGGUCAGAUGGCGGACCAAGCAGAAUCUGGACUAUUCCUUCCUCAUGAUGUAUGCUGUGAGCAAAGGAGUCUACUAUGUCCAGUUGGAGGAUGACAUUGUGGCCAAGCCCAACUACUUUGCCACCAUGAAGAACUUUGCUUUGCAGCUCUCCUCCGAGGACUGGAUGAUCCUCGAGUUCUCCCAGCUCGGCUUCAUCGGUAAGAUGUUCCAGGCUCCAGAUCUAAAUCUGAUCGUAGAGUUUAUCUUUAUGUUCUAUAAGGAGAAGCCCAUUGAUUGGCUACUGGACCACAUACUCUGGGUCAAAGUGUGUAACCCAGAGAAAGACGCAAAGCACUGUGAGCGGCAGAAGUCGAGUCUGCGUGUGCGGUUCAGGCCUUCUCUCUUUCAACAUGUGGGGCUACACUCCUCUCUGGCUGGAAAGAUCCAGAAACUCACUGAUAAGGACUUCCUGAAACCCUUGCUCCAUAAAAUCCACGUGAACCCGCCUGCUGAGGUGUCCACGUCUCUCAAGGUGUACCAGGGCCACACGCUGGACAAGACCUACCUAGGAGAAGACUUCUUCUGGGCCAUCAACCCUACUGCUGGAGACUACGUCCUCUUCAAGUUCGACAGGCCCGUCAGCAUAGAGAGGUUCCUGUUCCGCAGUGGGAACCAGGAACACCCUGGGGACAGGAUAGAGAACACCACCGUAGAGAUACUGCCCUUCUUGGAAACUGGACCAAAGACCAAAGAGAAGUACAAGCGAACUGAAGACCGCUACUACAAAAUCGGUCAGUUUGAGAAGGGUGUGGCAGAGGGGGCUGUAGACGCCUCCUUCAACCCGGUGGUGGCGCUGCGUCUCUCUGUCAUCAAAGACUCUGCUGUCUGGGCCAUCCUCAGUGAGAUCCACAUAAAAAAGCUACCAGGCUGACAUAAGGCGGGGGGCCACAAUCCAGGCCCCCGGCCCCGGGGUGCUCGCAGACGCGCCUAACACUUGCUGACCAGGGGCCCUCUGGCAACCAGCAGUUACAUCCUCAGAGCUCACCAGAGCCACUUCUCUCAGGGCUUCUGUCUGAGGACACUCUCAUUCAAUCUGUCUCUCGCUCACUUGCUCUCACUCUUGCUCUCCUUCUCUAUCUUUUUGCGUAAAUGUGAAUACUACUGUACAAAAAAGAGACAUUUAAAGUAUCAGAAGGAAUUGGGUGUGUCCUGCAGAAUUCCGUUCCCAGCUCUGACAGUUGAGGUAACUGUGUGUUACAGAGGGCUUGUGACUCGGAGAGACUGACCUGAGGGGCUGAUGUCACCCAAACACUGGUGCAAAGUAGGUGCUCACUGCUCCAUGUGCUCUCAACCAUCUCUGGUCUGGUCAGCUGGGGUAUUGCACUGUCACUGGAGCCACAGAGCCCCCUGCUGGUGACUGAAGGAUGUGUAUUAGCCUCAUGGACCUGUUGCUUUUUGUUGUGUUCUUGCUAAACAGCAAGUAAUAGACCAAGUAAGGUGUCAGUCAUCUUAUGGGGGUGGAUAACUGCCUUUAUCCCUUUCUCCUCAGCUCUUCUUUUGAGGGAAUGAUGGCAAACAAAGCGGAAAACAAAAUGUGGUUCCCGUAUCUUUAAAGUGACAGGUCUGCCAGACUAUCUCUUGAUGAAGAAUGCUCUGGGUAAAAGUAACCUGUAGGCGCAGAUCUAGGGUCAGCCUACCUGUCCCGGUCCCAACCCUAGUCAUUCUAGGGCAAAACCUACAUUACCUAAGAGCUGUGUCUGGGACAGUUUAUUCCUAUUCAUUAUUAAAUGAAUAAUCUUGGUGACUGAAGGAAACCGUAUUUAUCAUUCUACUUCGUUUGACAGGAAGCCAGGCUGGAAGAUGUCCUUUUAGUGGUAAACCAAUCAGACUUUGGCCUACUUCGCUUACCUGAAGGGAUAUUUCUAUAUUGAUGAUAUUAUUACUACUAUGACAAUGAUCUAUGAAGGUGAAUUAAUUUAUUUGAAAUAAAUACUUAAUUUGUACAAGAGGUUUAAAAGUCAGAACUUGUAUUUUUUAUUCUGUGAAGAGUUUAUACUACGGUAGUUAUGUGCCUGCACCCGCUCUUUUUGUUCCGAAAAUGAAUCAUUGUUUUCACAGUGCGGCUUGGUGUUCCAUGUUCUCUUAUCUGCUGGUUGGUUCAGAUAGAGGUUGGCUCCAACUGCUGGUCCGGAGUCUGUUUUUGGAUGACCUUUCCUAGACAGUCAAAGUUAAAAUGAGAGAUGUCAGAACAGUCCUUGAAGCUAGAACCCUUAAUUGAAACAUUAAGUUGAACCUGCUUCUGUUUUGGUAAAUAAUAAAAGGCAGAGAUUGGCCUGAAGAAAUGUAACCACUCUCAAAUUCACAGUGGACUGACCAUCCAAUAUAUCAAAAUGAGAGAUUUAACCAAGGCUAUACAGUGUUUGUUUACUAACAUUGGAGUAAAACAAGCUUAUUUGGGUUCUGAGGGGGACUGUUGAACCAAGUUCAUGAGGUUAUAUUAUUCACAAAUCAAUGGGUGUGUAUUUAUAAUUCCAAAAAUGGAUGUAGCAAGUUUAAGCCAGAGAUGCUGGCCGAGGCUUGUGCUAGAUCAGACCCAAGUGCCUUAAAAUCCUGCUCAUCCGAGAUGAAGCAGAACUUCCUGAAUGGCUCUGUUCCAAACCCUUCACUCCCUCUUUCCGCUACCCUACAUAGGGGUGUGUUGACUCGCCCUUGGAGGUUUGAAAUGCUAUAGGUCCUUACAGAAUACAUGAUACUUGCUUGACAGAUGGCUACACAGGGGUAGUGGUUCCACCAUUUAUUUUAUACCUUUAUUUUACUAGGCAAGUCAGUUAAGAACAAAUUCUUAUUUUCAAUGACGGCCUAAGGACAGUUGGUUAACUGCCUUGUUCAAGGGCAGAACGACAGAUUUGUACCUUGUCAGCUCGGGGAUUUGAACUUGCAAACCUUUCGGUUACUAGUCCAACACUCUAACCAGUAAGCUACGCUGCCGCCCCGCACCAUAAAUCACCACCAAUUGUACAGUGUGCCACAUGUUUACCGUCAGCAAUGGGGAAUAUAUUUUUGGGGACAUUAUUACAUUUUAUCUUCUGUAAAUUGGGAAGGAAUCUCUGUAAACUGACGAUCAAAUGCUAUUUAGAAAGUUGCACUGAAUUUGUUUAAUGUUCUAUACUUUUUUUUUUUUGGUGUGCUCUCAUUUACCAUCUCCAAUGGAUGUCAUUUCACACUUCUGACAUCCUCAUGAGUUCUAACCCAUGUGAUGCCUGAAUCUUUGGUACUCUAUUGGGAUUUGGGCAAAACUUUCAAAAGCUGGACACCUUGUACCAGGUUUGCUUGUUUGUAAAUGUUUGUUAUUGAUGGUGUGUGUGAUUUGAUUGGUCAACCAACCCCCUUUGCAUGGAGCUGGCCCUUCCCCUGAGCCCCCUGGUCAAACCAGAUCCUUGCUCACACCUGGGGCUUAUGUAAAGAGUGCAACAUUCUAAAACCUUCAGAUAGAAAUGUAUUAUUUAGAUCUGAUACUCUAGAACUGCGAAUCGUGCCAGAUCUAUACAUUACUUUGCCAUUGCUUUGCAGAUAAAUGUAUUUGCGACUUCCUGUAUAAACUCGUGCCAUUCAUGUGGAGGAUGGCUGGGGCAGAGGGGAACGCAAACUGUGGGUGUGCCUCAGUAGUUUAAAUUGGGUUCCUUUCAUCUUUGUAUUUUGCCCUUCAUCCACGCUUAUCGAAGACUGUAUAUAAAAGCAAUAUGGAGGAUGCCUGCCUAGACCCUAGGAGUGGAUGAAGGAUAGACUAUUGAGACAGCUCGGCUCUCCCACCCCUGCCUGUCUCCACCUACUCCCCAUCAGUCCAUGUGCCUUCAUGUACAUUAGUAUGUCUGCCUCUGCUUUUGACAUGGAUGUACAUUCUCACCGUUUUAAAUAAAUCAAAUUUGUUAAAACAA